UUUUUUCCUUCAGCGAGUGGGAGGAUUCGGGACCACAGCCAAGGUGUGACAGAAGCAAUGGAACGCUGAGCAAGAAGAGUAACUAAUACUAGACGUCGCUGAAAGGAAACUGCUUACAACAAGAAAAGGGUCAAGGAAAGAAAUCCAAAUGGCGGAACAGUCCUCAGAUCUGGAGAAGGCCCUCUACUCCCUGGUGACAAACUUUCACUCUGCAGCUGGCAACAAUGCCUCCACACUGAAAAGAGAUGAAUUUAAAAAUCUUCUUUCUUCACAGCUGCCUAACCUAGCUAAGACGUCAGGCUCAGAAGCAGGCAUGGGGGAGAUGCUGCAGCAGAUGGGGGUGAAAGAUGGGGAGGACGUCUCCUUCCAGCACUUCUGGAGCCUCAUCCAGACCCUGGCCACCAACCAGUUUGGCCUUCUGAGCCAUGAAAAAGUCUCCAAGUGUGGAUGUGUGUUAUUGUGAGACCAGAACCAACUGGAUUCUUUUAGAUCGGUCCUCGCUCAGGCAUAGGGAACUACCACCGCCAUGCUUAUCGAGCUCUGAUGAUCGUAUGUUUUUGGGUUUUUUUUACAUUUUUUAUGCAUCUCAUCUUCAUUUGGCACCUUUAUCUUAACAACAUAUCAAACGCACUCCAUUAGCACACUGAGGGCCCUGCCAUGGCUGCAUGGCUUUAUGAAUCACACAAAAAUGGUGUUGGUUGCCUUUUGUGCCUUUGUGAGUGUGUACAGCACAUACUGGAAUUCAGAACAACAUUGAGGCUUAGAACUGAAAGAGAUUUAUUUUCAUAAAGUAAAGCACUACAUUGGAGAGAAAAUUAAAAGGAGUUUUAGCUGACGUUUUCAUGAAGACAAAUGAAUUAAUUUCCUUUGUAAGAUGUCAAUUGAACUCAUUAUUGAACACAGAAGAUGUUGUUGAUGAUCCCUCUUACAAUGUUGGGACAGGAAAUGGAACCUGUGUCCGCUACCCUAAACUAAGAAAUUGUGAUUCACAUUAAGCUUAUUUAGCCCUUUAGGUUCACAUUAUUUUGUACCAUUCUUUGCCAAAUCCAAUUACCACAUAUUCAGGGUCAGUGGCGUGCUCAGUCCCUUCUUUUGAUAUAUCGAUUGUUGUUGGUUGCUCUUUGGUCCAAGGUAAUUAGUUUAUGUAAGAAAAAAGAGAAAAAAUUCUCCACGACCAAGGCACUCCACAAGUUUAAAAUGUCUUUAAUACAAACUAGACUUGUCCAACAAGGACCUAAAAAUGUCCACGCGUAGCGGCUAGGGCCUUCAUCAGGACAGGCCAAUUACCGCAUGUUCUCUGGUCACAAAUAAUUGAAAUACACCAGUGGCCUUGAAUCACAGUGAAAUAUACAAAACACUUACUUUUUAUUGAUGACUAUCACAAAGACACUAUUGAACUGAUGAGAACACUUACAUUGUAUUUAUAUUUUUUUAUAUUUUUGUUUUCGUUUUCUGUGGCCAACAUCUAAGGUGUCUGUCAUCCUUGAAACGACUUGCACUUAAUAAACUUUAAUUGGUAACAUGGA